AUGAGUCGUACAUAUCGAGAUAUCUAUCAAAAAAUUAUUUUAUUUCUUCUUAUUAGUAUAAUUAUAUUUUUUAUUUCUCAAAGUUUUCUUAUUAAAUUAGAAAAUAAUUUUAUAUAUCAUAUUCAUAACAAUCAUGAUUAUAUUUUAAAUAAUAAUUUAACAUUUAAAAAAGUAUCUAUUGCUCAUUAUACAACAUUAUAUGGUAUACGUACUGAUUCUCAUACAAAAAUUUUUAAUGAUAAUUUAAAACAAAUAUGUAAUAUACUUGAUCCAAAAGAUUAUUCAUUAGCUGAUAGUGUUUUUGUUAGUCUUGUUGAUUUUGUUCGUUUUCCAAUUUUAUCAAAUGGAAUAUCAUAUCGAAGUCAACAUCAAUCUCAAUUAUGGAUAGUUCAUUCAGAAGAAUCUCCAAGAAAUUCUUAUCGAAUAAUAGAUAUGAAGAAUAUAACAGAUCUUGAUGAUUGGUUUAAUUUAACAUCAACAUUUAAACCUGAAUCAGAUUUUCAUAUUCAAUAUCGAGGAUAUCGUAUCAAACCGGAAAUUGGUGAUCUUCUUAAAAAUAAACUCAAUAUCAGUCUUCAUCAAUCAAUCAAUUUAACGUUAGAUUUAUUAUCAGAUACUUUUAUUAAUGGAUCUUCUAUUUAUUUAAAUACUGUUUUGUCUAUAUUUCAUAAGGAAUUAAUUAAUCGAAAAAAUAUUCUAUUAAAUAUUUGUCCUUAUACUUGUAAUCAACCAUUAUCAUCUCAUGCGAUAAAAUCUCUUCAACCUUAUUUAAAACAAACUAAACAAAAAAUUUUAAAUCAAAAUAUUGUUUAUAUUGCUUGGUUUGUUUCUAAUUGUAAUACUCAUUCACGUCGUGAAGAUUAUGUAAAUAAAUUACGUUCACAAAAAGGUAUUCAUAUUGAUAUAUAUGGUAAUUGCAAAUCAAUUUAUCAUUCACCAAUUUCAUCAAUUCAAUGUCAAACACUUAAAUCAAAUUGCACAGAAAAUAUUUUAUUAAAUUAUCGUUUUUAUUUAUCAUUUGAAAAUUCAAAAUGUGAUGCAUAUAUAACAGAAAAAUAUUGGAUACAAGGUUUAAAUGGACAUGCUGUACCUAUUGUAUUAGGUGCUAAAAAAGAACAAUAUCAACGGAUAGCAAUAUCAAAUUCAUAUGUACAUGUUGAUGAUUUUCAAACAAUAGAAGAUCUUGCUAAAGAACUUCAUCGUUUAAAUAAAAAUUAUUCUGAUUAUUCAAAAUAUCUGCAAUGGACACAAUUAUAUGAUAUUUCACAUCGUUAUAAACCCACAUCAAUAAUUGAUAUGCAUUCAACACUUUGUUUUCUUGGUCAUUAUCAAUAUUUACAUUCUCUAAAAGAAAAAAAUCAACAAAUUUUAUAUUUAAUGCAUAUUAUAAGAAAAAUAUUUAAUAUAACAAAUAUGCGUUUGCCAAAUUUUAAUUGGACAACAGCUAAAACGAAUUUGAUACGUAUUAGUCAAUUUUAUAAUCCAAAUGUAAAUUGUUGGGAUAAUAAUUAUCCAUCGAUAUUUAAACAAAUUUAUAAUUAUUUAUUUACAUGGUGGAAAUUGUUUUAA